AUGGUUUGUACCUCGUAUCUAAUCGAGAAAGCUAAGGUCUGUCGAAGAUUGGCUAAGGAUACCUCCGCGGAUACGUCAAGACAGACAAUUUUUCUCGCGCGCCGCGACGAAAAAAAACCGCCGCUUCUUACAAACUUGAAGAAGACAAUUUCGGACGACAUUUCGUGUGAGAAAACUCAUGCAAGUCGCAAACUCAUCGCCCUUCGAGUUGAAAAACGAAAACACGAGAAGAAAGUCGAAAGACCUCGGGCCAAAUUCGCUCAAAGAAAGACGCAUAACGAAAAACAGCGCACGAUUCUCCAGGAGAAACUAACUCGUCGUGCGGCUCUAGCUGGCAAUAUACAGCAUGAAAACGACUCUGGUCAAAGGGCCGGUAAUUUUCAACAGCAAGCGAGCCAACCUGGUCACCUGCAGGUCCCAUGGCACAUACAACGGGCUCAACACGGUGAGAUGGCUAGAAUUCAGAUGCAGCAGCAACAAAACAAUUUCAUCGAGAUGACCCCAGAGCAAACUACACAAAUGGAUCAGGCGACUUUCCCACAGUCCCUUCUCACCAAUAAUUCGAAGGUUCCGAAGAACAUCACAACCUGGGGCCAGCUAAAGCAAUGGGUUUCAUCAAACUCACAAGCCUCGACUGGAAUUAACCCAAACCAUCUUUUAACACUUCAGAGGCUGCACUUUGCCCAGAUUAUCAGUGUUCAAGCAAAGGACCCUAACAGACAAAAUCAAGGCCAGGGAGUCAUGAAAGGUCCAUCCCAACAGGCACCCCAAGAUUAA